AUGGGAAGUACAACAGUACAAAAGGGAUUAUUAGCAAUAAGCAUUAUGUUGAUUGUUCUUGGUCUUGGAUUUACAUUUGCUGGAGUAUUUUCACCUGCUUGGCAAGUUGUUGAUAUUCGUGAAUUUCGAGCCGAACAUCAACAUGGUCUUUGGUGGGAUUGUACACGAGCGGAGAAGCAUGUCGUUGCUGUAGGUGAUUUCUAUGCUGAAGAACCAUUACAUUGCAUGUAUAAAUUUGAUCGUAGUGCAGAAAUGGUCAUCGAGAAUACACUAAAUAAUAUUGAUGAAGAUGGAGCUGCUGGUGAAUCGGAACAUCAUCGAUUUUGGGCAUGGCAUAAAGCAAUACUAUUUUUUAUUCUUUUUUCACAAUUUCUUGCAUUUAUUUCAUUGUGUACCGGAGUUUGUAUACCUUGUUUUCGACCUACCGCAUUUAUUUUCACCAUUUCACUUUUCUUGGCUUUGCUAUGUUCACUGAUUGCCGAUGGUGUCUUCUUCCUGGCUGCAAAUAGAGUGGAUAAUCGUUUUGUGCAAGGAAUGGUUGGAAGUUAUGAACAACGAAUUGGUUAUGCAUUUUAUGUACAUCUGAUUGGUACAUUAUGUUGGAUGGUAGCAUUCGUGUUCACCUUGCUAACCACUUAUAAAUUUUUCACCGAACGAUAUUCAUCACGCUCUAAUGGACAUUUUCGUUCGGAUGCUGAUCCACCACUACUGGAAAAAUACAAUGUUGCACCAUCCAGAGGAUCACCACCAGUAACAUAUAUACGUGAACAUACAUAUCGAGUUACAAGUGCUUAA